AUGAAUAGAUUACAUCUUCUGAUCUUUCUAUCUCUUGUUCAGUAUUCAAUAGCUCAACAAUGGGUAACAAACCCCAUCAACAAUCACCAAUACAAAUUGGUCCUUACAAAUACCAAUUGGUCUCAGGCCAAUGCUUCGGCAGAGUUGAAUCCAGGCGAAUACUUGGCAACAAUAACAUAUCAAUCAGAGUAUGACUUUAUUAUGAGUAAUAUCAUGGGUACAAAUACUCAGAUAUGGAUUGGUGCUACUGCUGUUGGGUCACCGGAUGGAUCAUUAUAUACAUGGGUGUCUGGCCCAGAAUCUGGUGUUCCACUUUAUGAUAAACAUAUAUCAAAGUGCUUUGGAUAUUGCAAGUUUGUUGCUUUGGAGCCUGAUACAUUGCUCGGUCAAAAGUAUAUACAUAUCUGGAAUACCAAUGGACUGGACGACGCUACCGACUCGACCACCUUCUUCGACAAUACACCAAUGAAUGGAUAUAUUAUAGAGAAAGGUGGUUCAACUGAUCCAGUGAUCUGGCCCAAGGACUCUGAGCCAGGUAUACUCACCAUCAGUAACCUGGACAAACGGCCAUUUAACACUUCCAAGCUAAGAGUCAACUUCCAAGGUAGUUCAAUUAGCCGUCCCGACUUUGAAUGUACCAUUAUCACCUUCAAUAAGUCAUCGGUGACAUGUCAGACAACUCAAUAUCUUGUUGGAGAGUACACACUCAACAUCACUGAUGGAGUCCAGGUCCAUACUCUACUGAGGUAUCAUUCAAAUUUACCAUUGAUCACAUCACUAUUUAUAAAGUAUCAAGCUAAUGAAACUAUAACAGUGAAUGGCCGUAACUUUGGUGAUGAUCUAUCACAAAUCAAUCAGUUCAUGAUAUCCUCAAACAUUCCAUGUACACCAAUAUCGAUGCCAAUACUUGAUCGAUCAUUCAAAUGUCUUCUCACUCAGACCAUCUAUCCGGACUACCAAACCCUUACACCGCCAACCAGGGUUACCUCAGUAUCCAGCCUAACAGUUGGCAAUAUCAAGUUGGAGAAUAUAGUCAGGAUACCAAUGUAUAAUAAUGACACUGAUAGUUUAUUGAUGUUUACUUCGGAUAGUGCCGACACCUAUAGUAAUAAUUACUACAGGACAGAGUCAUUUGUUUGCCAGCACUUCACUCCUCAGACCAGAUCGGACAUUUGCUUCACAAGGAAUAUGUUGAAUUGGGAUUGGACUCUAUUCUUUGCCAACAACAUUGGCGGUAACUUUAUACUUACGUCUGGUCCCGAUGCUGGAAAAACAAUAGUAUAUGCCAACAAGACUAUCAACCCUCUAGUGAUUGAUACUACCGUUGUCUCACUAGAUUCCACCUUUGACACUACCCAGAAGUUCCUUGGACAAUCUGUUGUGGACCUCAAGUUGUACACUUCUAUGAACCCAAGUUGGAAGACAUAUACAAAGUUCACCAUCAACAAACCUCCUCCAGUGUUUACCAAAUCAGUGAACAAAUUGUUGCCUACUGAUGGCGGCUGGAUUGAGUUGCCAGUGGACAACAUGAGAUUUACAAGCAGUAACUACACACUGACUCGAAUGAACCUGGUCGUCAUCUCGUCACGUAUCAUACCAUUCCAUGAAAAUGGUACUUUGGGUGUUCUGUUCCCUCCUGGCACGGGAGUGUUGGGACCACUCACUCUUUAUGUGGACAACAAGAACUCCUCUGGUUCGUCCUUCACCUACAACCUAGGAUUCUACCCUCCGAUCAUCAAUGAUAUCACCAACAUUAAUGCUAAUGGAAGUGUGGCAACUAUCAUUGGAACACAGUUUGGAAUCAAUUCAUCAAUAAUAGAUGUGCUACAUGAGGGCAAGGUGUUGAAAGCAAUGAACAUUGUGACCGCUCACAAAGUGCUGUCUUUCAAUCUACCUCGUGGAUCAGGUACCAGCAAGAUCCAGAUACGCGUGGAUGGCCAACUCUCAAACAUCCUGGCGUUUGACUACAAGGACUGUGGCGACUUCAACUUCUGCUCUGGCAAUGGCCGUUGCGUCAAUGGCUACUGUGAGUGCACCACUGGCUUUGGCAACUGCAGCUCUACAACAAACGGAUCGACUCCAAUCAUACCCAACACCAACCAGUCCAACUCCACUGCGGGCCCAUUCUCCUUCCUAUUCCGAUAUGUACGCGAGGUGGAUGCCACCGGAAUACCAGUUGUAACAUACCCAGUGAGUGACAUCGUGUGGGGCAACACGACAGUUGACCCGUCAUCAUCGUCCAACACUACAGCUGGAACUAUUCCAAGUGUUAUUGGAUUCAAGAUUACAGUGAUCAGUCGAUACUUUGCAACAAGGACCAACAUCACAUUUGGUCAACAACAGUUCAUUAUGGAUGCCAAUACGACCAAGUACCAAUCGACAUUGAGUGCAUGGCCAUUCAAGUCCAAGACCAACUCAUUGGAGCUUGUCUAUCAGAUUGAGGCACCAUCACAGAAUGAUCGAUGCCAACAGACAUCAAUCGAUUACAGCAAGGACACGAACUACCUAAAGUACAUCAACGUUGUACUUGGAGAUCAGGUCUUUGUGUCCAAGUUCAUCAACUUGGCUGUGAUUGAUGGUCGACCAACAUUGACAUCCAACCGUCUUUUGUUGAAGUCCUCCGAUCUCAUGUAUCUUGAACCGAUGACAAACGACACUUCUAUCAACAGUCGACUAUACGUGUCAAUGGUAUCUCCAUACUUUGAUAAGCAGGCUGUUCUUGAUCCCAACUUUAGCGUGCUGACCAAUAUAGGUGGACAUGGAGCGGAUGACCUGUGUGAUCGACCCAAGAGGGUAUGGUGGUGGUGGAUACCCAUCUUGGUAGGUGGCGUUGUAGUAUUGACUGCUGUAGCCAUUGGAGUGUUCAUUGGUGUCAGGAGGAAUUGGUUAUUCAAACGAGAGGACAAGAAUCUCUCGGUCAAGAUGAAUAAACUAUGA